ACGCGCGAUGCUGUUCCGCGACUUGGCAGCGGUAUUUCGUCGCAUCCAACUCAAGAAUUCACGAGAUGCGUCCAUCUCGGAACUCUCUAAUGCGUUUCGAGCUAUUCGGGACAACACCCCAACUCAGCUGCCCAAAGCCAUGUAUCUCGUGACGUCCCAGCUGGCGCCGUCCCACCAAGGUGUCGAGCUUCGUUUCCGCGAUAAGGCCUUUGCACCGGUCGUUCAAACUGCGUUUGCCAGUGCCAACGCCGACAUUCCCACCAUAUUCGAUGCAUACCAAAAGUCAGGUGACUAUGGCACGGCCGUGGAAGACCUCCUCAAACAAUCCAUUCUCACGCUGCCGACGGCGUCCGCGUUCGACAACUCAGCAUCUCCCAUGACGAUCGACGUUGUUUAUGAUCAAUUGUGCGAAUUGGCUACACAAGUCGGCAAAGGGUCGACCCAGCGCAAACAGGACAUCGCUGCCGCUCUCUUGGCCCGGGCAUCAACCGUGGACGAAGCGACCUUUCUAACGCGCCUGCUCGCCCAUCAAAAUCUUCGCAUUGGCAUCGGGGAAAAGAGUGUCGUGACAGCGCUAGCCCAUUCCUUCGCCGAUUCCGAGACAGACAAGCCAUUGUUGCAGCCAUGGCUGUCCUCUGUCACAACCGCGUACUCGCAGCGCCCGAUAUUUGAGGACUUGAUCGAGACGUUGAUCCAGCCGCAAGUGUUGGCGCUGCCGUCCCUCGCCGACAAAGCCGCUUUUAUCCAGGACCAUGCCGUGCCCAAGCCUGGGACGCCCGUCCAAACGAUGCUGGGGUAUCCCGUGUCCAGUCUGCAUCAAAUUCCUCAGCGCAUGCGCAAGUACCGUGGUGGUGCGGCGGCGUGCGAGUUCAAGUAUGAUGGCGCGCGGCUGCAGAUUCACAUGACGAGCGUGUCGCAAGCUGCCCAGGACGACGCGCCGUCGCGAUCGCUUUCGAUUUUUAGCCGCAACCUGGAGCGCAUUCCGGAGGACCACAAAUACUUUUUGAAUGUUGCGGCGCAUGUCGUGCCCUUUGUGAAUUCGCACGUCGAGUCGCUCAUUAUUGAGGGCGAAAUGGUCGCUGUGCAAGAUGCCGUCGAGAGCGGCGACACCCCCCAUUUGCUUCCGUUCCAGAUGCUUCAGACCAACAGCAAUUCGACCAUGUGCCUGUUUGCGUUCGACUGCUUGUACCUCAACGGCACGUCGCUUCUCCACCGUCCGUUUCAUGAGCGGCGGGCGGCGCUCCACACGGCGUUUUCGCCCCCGUUGCAGCGCCAGCGUCAAGGUCCACACUCCCCAACUCGGUUUCAAUUUGUGCAAAGCCAGGAUGUGGUAUUUUCGAGCGACGAAGCGAGCGAUGAGGACGGCACCAAUGGCAGCGACGGCAAUCAAUUAGUGCUCCGAGCUGUCCUCCAGGCCGCCAUCGACGCCGACUGCGAAGGACUCAUGGUGAAAGCUCUCGAUGAACCGUACAAGCCGGGAUGUCGGACCCACACAUGGCUUAAAGUCAAGCGAGACUACCUUCCCGCGACCCCGGCCAUGGCAAGCGGAAUGUUCUUGCCAGACUCGCUGGAUCUCGUGCCCAUAGCUGCCUUCCGGGGCAAAGGUCGCCGGGCCGACGUGUUUGGGUCGUUCCUGCUGGCGUGCUACGACCCGACCAACGACGUCUUCCGCACGGUUGGAAAGGUCGGGUCGGGGUUCACCGACGUGGGCUUGGCCGACAUUUCGACGCGCUUGCUGGAUACGGUGGUGGCCGCCAAGCCGCCUCAGUACAUUGCGAGCGACAUGAAGUCGAUCCAACCAGACGUGUGGUUUGCACCGUCCGAAGUGUGGGAGAUCCGUGCGGCGCAACUGACCAAAUCCACCAAGUACACUGCUGGCCAGACGUUGUUCUUGUCGAAGCCGUCGGCAAACAAGUCGGGACUCGGCCUUCGGUUCCCGCGAUUUCUUGCUGUGCGGCACGACAAGUGUGUGGCCCAAGCCACGACAGACGACCAGCUCGCCGCGCUGUACCAGGACAGCGCGUCAACCACUGCAUCCAACGAGCAACCAAUUGAUACAAUAGAUAUUUCAUCCGUUUAGUCUGUUGCUUCGAUGUCCGCUAGACACGCAUGAAGAGACGCUACGACUGAUGCGGUCGUCGGUCGCCGGACUGGGUCCCGAUGCAGACAUGCCGCGAUAAGAUGUGCGACGAGGCCCUCCCGCAAUGUCGGGAAAGGCAAAAUGGCCGCGGACGGAUUUGUGUAAAUUUCGUGGAUGCGGGCAUCUCCCGCGACCGGGCCAAGUUGCGUCAAGUACGUUGCGUACGGCCGGCCGCACGUGGCGAUU